CACUAUCGGAGGAUCCUAAACUUGUUUAUAAAAGAUCUGAUGAGUCGGUUUCUAAUAAAAAACAGGUACUCUUUACAUCGUACCACCCAUCUCUUUUGUUCUCUAACUCGUCUCUCUCUAUCAGUUCAUCAUCACACUUUCUAGAGACUUCUUCUUUUCUAUCUUUUCUUGAAUAUGAUGGCACUGUCCCUUCUCUCAUACGAUGUCUCCGAUCUCUGUCUAGGCAAGCCUCCUCUCCGUUGUCUCUCCGCCUCUUCCUCCUCCGUAUCCGACGCCAUCGCUGCCCUAAAAUUCUCUGAAGACACUUUCCUAUCAGUCUGGAACUGCAAUCACGACGAUAACGAUGUCACUGAGUGCGAGUGCUUGGGGAAAAUAUCAAUGGCUGACGUCAUCUGCCAUUUGUCCAAAGACCAUGACUACACUCUCGCUGCCUUAAACGCACCCGUCUCUGUUCUUCUCCCCAAAACUCGUUCUCUCGUCCUCCAUGUUCAACCCUCCUGCAGCUUAGUUGAAGCCAUUGAUCUGAUCAUCCAAGGAGCACAGAAUCUGAUUGUCCCAAUUCAGACAAAACCCUUCACUAAGAAAAGGCAGCAAAACGACAAAGUUUCAGUCACCACAUCAACGCAUUCGAACGGACGACGAUUCUGCUGGAUCACUCAAGAAGACAUCAUACAGUUUCUCCUCGGAACCAUCGCCGCGUUCUCUCCUCUGCCGGCGAUGUCAAUCUCCGAUCUCGGCAUCGUCAACAGCACGCACGCAAUCCUCGCCGUUGAUUACCACUCCUCCCCCUCCGCCGUCAUCUCGGCCAUAUCCAGCGCUCUCGUCGACCAAACCUCUGUUGCAGUGGUCGACGGAGAAGGAGACGACUCUUUUACGUCCUUGAUCGGAGAGAUCUCUCCGAUGACACUAACUUGCUGCGACGAGACAGCUGCCGCGGCGGUGGCAACGCUCCCCGCAGGAGACCUGAUGGCGUACAUAGACGGAGCAAAUCCACCGGAGAGUCUUGUCCAGAUCGUUAGGAAUCGUUUGGAGGACAAAGGACUGAUGGGUUUGCUUUCGCUUUUCGAUUCUGUCUCACCUUCGUCGCCGUCGUCAGGUUAUUCGUCGGAUGAAGAGUCUCCGACGAGGACGACCUCGUUUGGGAGGUCGAUGAGUAGCUCAGCGAGAAUGGCGAGGAGGUCGGAGGCAAUAGUGUGUAAUCCAAAGAGCUCGUUAAUGGCAGUGAUGAUUCAAGCGAUUGCUCAUCGAGUGAACUACGCGUGGGUGGUCGAAAAAGAUGGUAGUUUCGUUGGCAUGGUUACUUUUGUUGAUAUCUUAAAAGUUUUUAGGAAAUUUUUCGAGAAUAACAUGUGAAAUAUUUUUGUAAUAUUCGUUUUGUGUUUUGUUAAUUUGCUGUACAACCCAUCAAAAACAAAAGUGUUGUUAGGGUUUGUUUGUUGUUUGGUUUUUUUGGGGUGAGAUGAGCCGGUUGGAGUUUGUGAGUAACUAAAAAUUGUAUGAAAACGUUUUGGGUAAGAGUUUUAUUAGUCUUUCAAUA